ACUAGUCAUUCAGGGAGGUUGCCUCAUCACAGGGAAGUCUCACCAAGAGGCAGCUUUAGUGUCAAAUGCUGGGAAGAUGAACACAAAAUGGGACGCUCCUGGUCCCUCCGGAGGGCUGCAUUUGGGGGAAGCAGUGCAUUUGGGGUCAGGGAUUGAAAUGUCAAGCCAGGAGUUGAGACAAGAUGUGGACCACUCUCUUGGGCCAACACCUCCCCCAGGGCCUCACCUGUCUCCCUGCAGCAUCCUUGGGGGAAGGAGGAUUUGGGAAAGGAAGUGAGGAGGGCUCUAGGUUCUGUGUCCAGGAGUGACCUAGUGGUCCCCGGUGUUCAGGGAUCUCUGCCCCCAGGGAACCAACUAUAUUCUCUGCCUUAGACUCAUCAGUCCUCAGUGUGGUGACUCUGAGAAAGUCACUUAACCUUUGUCAAUUUCAGUGCCCUGAACCAUAAAACAGGAGUCACAGCUCCUACUCUGCCCACCCUACAUCACAAGAUAGAUGUUUUCCACGAGCUAUGAAGAGUCAGACCCCUGCCCAUGGGGAAGAAUGAGGCUCGGUCCUCCCCUGACCUGUCUCCUCCCGUGUUCCCUCCCUGGAGGUCACCAGUGCUAGGUGCCUUGGUUAUUCUUCCGAAAAUUGAACACUUACGUAGGUAGUACUUAUGGUACAAGUCAUUUUGUUCAGGCUUUGUAUUUACUUAUUUUUAGCCCCUUCACACAAUGGUAACAAGCAGGCCCCGCCCCCAUGCACAUUUCCACACCCCAGAGCAGGGGAGGGAGGACAGAGGGGCUAAGGGACAUUCCCAGAGACACAUGGGUUUGAUCUCAGGUCAUCUGGCACCAGCACCCACACUCUCAGUCACUGCGUUGUGCUGACUUUCUACAUUGUCUCAUCUAAAUAAAAUGAUUAUUCCAACACUUCCUACAUUGUGUCAUCUAAAUGAAGUGAUUAGUCCCACACAAUCAGCCUGGGGGUAUUUUUAACACACACUGAACUGCAAGACCUUCCCAAGCCCUGCUUGAGUUCAGGUGACUCCUCAGAUGUGUUUCCACUACCUUGCUGCAAGAAUGCAAGAAAGAAAAGCAAACGUUAGUAAUGGAUUCAAACAAAGGUUGAACAUCGAUCCUCGGUGAAGAGAACACGCUGCCUGUCCCAGGAGUCUUUCAGCAGCAUCACGAGGAGCAUGUGGCCAAAUGACAGGGCUGAGCCUCAGAUGCCAUCCCAUACACCCUGCUCCACUGACGCCCUAUGGGAUUCUUUCACUAAACCGAUGGAGAGCAGGCUUUCUGUUAGCCACUUGUUUGCCCCAGCUGUUAUCCACCACCUCAACAGUAACAAAGUGACGCAUUUGCCUGUAAUUGUUUUUUACAUUUGUGCCAGGGGAGAGGAUUUUUGCUCUGGGAAAGUUCCAAAUCAGGGUAAAUACAGACAGUCUAACAAGUAGGGUGUUACAGGGUCCACCAAACAAGUUGAUGAGUGAUGAGUCUCUUAAAAAGUGAGGCUUUGGGGGCACUCCAGCCCCAUUCUGCUCUGCCCAGUGGCUGCAGCGUUGCUAUAAAAAGUCAGACCCCUGCCCAUAUGGAAGAGUAAGGCUCCGUCCUCCCCUGACCUGUCACCUCCCAUGUUCCCUCUCUGGAGGUCACCAGUGCUACAUGUCUUGCUUACUCUUCUAGAAAUAUAAAAAUUGAACACUUACAGGUAAUGCUUAUGGAGUACCAGUCGUUUUUCUCCAGGCUUUGUCUGUAUUUACUGAUUUUGAACCUUCUAACAUAAGAGUAAUAAGCAAACCCUAUUCACAUUUCCACGUCCCAGAACAGGGGACUGAGAACAGAGGGGCUAAGGGACAUUCCCAGGGACACGUGGCUUUUAUUUCAGGUCCUCAGGCACCAGCACCCACACACUCAGUCGCUGUGUUGUGCUGACUCUCUGCAUUGUCUCUUCUAAAUAGAUUAUUUCCACACAAUCAGUCUUAUGGGAUAUUUUAAGUGGACCCCAAACAGCAAGAUCUUUGUAAGCUCUACUUUGAUUCAGGUAGCUCCUCUGAAUGUAUUUUCAGUACCUUGUUGCAGGAAUACAAAAAAGAAAUGAAAAAGAUAAUAACGAAUGGAUUCAAACAAACUUGCACAUAAGGAUUAAUCCUCGGUGAAGAAAAUGUGCCUCCUGUCCCCGGGAGUCAGUCAGCACCAGCAAAAUGAGCAAAGGGCCAAAUAACAGGGUUGAGCCUCAACUAUGAUCCCAUACAACCUGCUGUAUUGAAGUCAUCGUGGGAAUUCAAUCACUUAAGUUGAUUCCAGAGGACACAAACCCCAUGUAAGGACGAUCCUUAGAUAUAUAUGGAGAUGUUGAAGGGGUGGAUCCCAUCUCAAGAAGACACCAUCCUGCUGUGACAUGCAAACGCGCAGAGGCUGAAGUUACCGCAGGCAAUGCUGAAGACCAACCGGGGCUCCGUGGGAGGCUUCUUCCUGGCUGGCCGAGAUGUGGCUUGGUGGCCGAUGGGUGCCUCUCUCUUCGCCAGUAACAUCGGCAGUGGCCACUUCGUGGGGCUGGCUGGGACCGGAGCAUCUUCGGGAAUCGCCACUGUAACAUUUGAAUGGCACUCUUCAGUGCUGCUACUGGUUCUAGGGUGGAUCUUUGUCCCCAUCUACAUCAAGUCAGGGGUGAUGACCAUGCCGGAGUAUCUCAAGAAGAGGUUUGGCGGGAAGCGACUCCAGAUCUACCUUUCCGUCCUCUCCCUCUUCAUCUGUGUGGCUUUGAGAAUCUCAGCAGACAUAUUUUCUGGAGCCAUAUUCAUCAAGGUGGCCUUAGGAUUGGAUCUUUACCUGGCAAUUUUCAUCCUCUUGGCUAUUACUGCUAUUUAUUCCAUCACUGGGGGCUUGGCCUCAGUGAUUUACACAGACACCCUCCAGACCAUCAUCAUGUUGAUUGGGUCUUUUAUUCUCAUGGGUUAUGCAUUUGCCGAAGUUGGAGGUUACAAGAGUUUUAUGGAGAAGUACAUGAACGCCAUCCCAUCCAUAGUUGAAGGGGACAACCUGACAAUCGACGCCAGGUGCUACACUCCUCAGGCGGACUCCUUCCACAUUUUCCAAGAUCCUGUCUCUGGGGACAUUCCAUGGCCAGGAAUGAUAGUGGGAAUAUUCAUUACGUCUCUGUGGUACUGGUGCACGGAUCAGGUCAUCGUGCAGCGCUGCCUCUGCGGCAAGGACAUGUCCCACGUGAAGGCCGCCUGCAUCAUGUGUGGGUACCUGAAGCUGCUGCCCAUGUUCCUCAUGGUGAUGCCAGGAAUGAUCAGCCGCAUCCUGUACACAGAUAAGGUGGCCUGCAUUGUGCCUUCUGAGUGUGUGAAACAGUGCGGCGUUGAAGUCGGCUGCAGUAACUAUGCCUACCCAACACUGGUGCUGGAACUGAUGCCUGCAGGGCUGCGGGGCCUGAUGCUGUCGGUCAUGCUGGCCUCCCUCAUGAGCUCCCUGACCUCCAUCUUCAACAGCGCCAGCACCCUCUUCACCAUGGACAUCUACACCAAGGUGCGGAAGCAGGCAUCAGAGAAAGAGCUUCUGAUAGCAGGACGGAUAUUUUUCCUCGUAAUAACUGUCCUCAGCAUCAUGUGGGUUCCACUAGUACAGGUAUUUCGAAAUGGACAACUGAUCCAUUACACAGAAUCAAUUUCUAGCUACCUUGGGCCUCCAAUUGCGGCUGUCUUCCUGCUGGCCAUCUUCUGUAAAAGAGUCAAUGAGCAGGGAGCCUUCUGGGGUCUAAUCAUUGGAUUUGUGAUGGGCCUUGUUCGCAUGAUCGCAGACUUUGUCUACGGAACAGGGAGUUGCUUGUAUGCCAGUGACUGUCCCACGAUUUUCUGUGGCGUGCACUACCUGUACUUCGCCAUCAUUCUCUUCUUUGGGACCAUACUAGUCGUCCUGGGAAUUUCCCUCUUAACAAAACCCAUUCCUGAUGUACACCUGUAUCGCCUGUGCUGGGCUCUUCGGGACAGUACAGAGGAACGAAUCGAUUUAGAUGCAGACGAGAAGUGGCAGGAAGAAACCUAUGAUAGUGCUGAAGAAGAUUAUCCUGAGCAAUCUCGUGGAUGUCUCAGGAAGGCUUGGGACUUAUUCUGUGGCUUGCAGAAGACAGGACCCAAGCUGACCGAGGAGGAGGAGGAAGCCCUGAGGCAGAAGCUCACUGACACGUCUGAGAGGCCCUUGUGGAAGGCUAUAGUGGACGCCAAUGCCAUCCUCCUCCUGGCCGUGGUGGUCUUUGUUUAUGCCUAUUUUGCCUGAACUCUGCCUGAACCACUAGAAUAAUCAGCAAAUAUUAAUAAUUAAGCAAAGAAUAAUAUUAUUGAUUUUCAUUUUAUGGUUUGUUGUGUUGCAAAAGGGGAAUGAGCAGUUGGUGAUAUUAUGUCAUGAGAUGACUACAGACUCGAGUUUUUGCUUUUGCCCUUCCUUUGUGUCAAUAAAGAAAGAGAAAGAGCUAAUCAUUUAUAAAACCAGUGAAGUGGCCUGGUGUGAGUGUAAACUAAAUCCCGCAGUUCUAAAUUCUUUUUUUCUCAGUUUUAUUG